AUGAUCACGCUGCUGGGAUCCCCGCUGGUGCUCAGCGCCGCUACAACUGUGGUCAAGAAAGCAUUUGAGCUCUUGGACCUAAAAACCGAGCUCGAGACAAAAGUAAGGAUGCUGGCACUGCCCAUUGACAUCUUUGCCCGCCACGUCACCCAAUCCAACACGGCGCUGCAAGAGGCGGUGGGGGUUGCCAUAAAGGUCCUCCAUGACAUCGAUGCCUUCCAAGACCUCCUGACACAGCAGGAGGUCCAGCAGGCACGACGCUCUGUGGCACUGCACGCCGCUGCACCGCGCGACGACAGGCUCUCUUCGGUGGCAGUCAGGCAGCAGCUUCGAAAACUGAUCCAGUCCCUGGAUGGGGUGCUUCCCUACUUGACCCUAGCCAUCAGCGCCGUCGCCUGGUAUCGCCAGUCUUCGCUGCGGCCCCAGGCCGGCGUGCCGCCACAGAUGAGCGAGGUCUUCCCGCUGUGCACGCUGAGCCUGGUGCGGGGCCAGGCCCCCUUCUCCUUCCAGCUCAGCAUCCAACAGGGCCUGGACGAUGGCAGGUUCCACGAUGAGGAGGAAAGCGCAGAGAGCAUUGCCCUCCAGGUGUCGGAUCUCUCCUGGGUGGAGUGGGGCAGCAGCCAGAGUCUGUCGCAUGGGAGCGGGCAGUUCAAGCCGGCCCUCAUCCUGCACUUCGAUGCCCCUUCUAGCGGGACCGACAGGCAGGGCGCAGCGCGUGCUGCCACCUGCUAUGCCAUCCAGAUCCGGGACCAGCUCGAUGAGGGGUAUGAGGAUGCCGCUUCAACAUCCGGCGGGUCCCCUUCUCCGUCAGCCUCCUCCAGCUCCAGUGAAGAGUCUGCAGUGAAGGGGGCGGAGGACCCUGCGGGCCUCCCUGGGUCCACGGGAGACCAGGCCCAGGAAUGGGGCACACUGGGCUGCCUCGAGUAUGUCAUCAAGCUGUGCGCGCUGGAAAGCAGGGAACAGGCCUGCCACACCACGCUGCAGGACGAGCGCAUCCAACUAGGGUUCCAGACCGGCACGUGCCAGGCCCCAGCCCCGGGCGCCCGGCCCAGCGCGCAGAGUCCCUGGCACCCCGCCGUCGCGCCCGUGCCCGUCUCGGCCGCCCAGACCCCGCCCCAGGACCUGGGGGCGGCGCAGCUGGCCUCUGAGCUCGGCAGGCGGCUAGCCUUCACGCCGUCGCCCGUGCUGCAGCCGCCGCGGCGGCGCAGCGCGGCGCGCUCCAGGUCCUCGCUCAGCAAGGCGCGGCAGGCAUAG